GCACGUGGUCGAAGAAGGCAGCGGCGGAGGCCGGCCGUUUCCUGGACGUGCAGGCGGUGCUGCCUGCCGCGGACCGCUUCCUCGGUAUCGCUCCGGCUGCGCAGUGGAAGCUACGGCCGGACGCCGACUACGUCUACUACUGCGACAACGAGACGGUGGAGGGAGUGGAGUUCCCCAACGUUCCUGGCACAGGCAACGUCCCCCUUGUCGCUGACAUGUCGUCCAACAUCCUCACGCGACCAGUAGAUGUCAGCAAGUUUGGCGUCAUUUUCGCGGGCGCACAGAAGAACAUGGGCCCGGCCGGGACGACGGUUGUGAUAGUGCGUGACGACCUACUGAGCCGCGGCCUCAAGAUGUGCCCUUCCGUGCUGAGCUACAGCGCCAUGGCCAAGGCUGGCUCUCUGCUCAAUACUCCGCCCUGCUUCAACAUAUAUGUGACCGGUAAGGUGCUGGAGUGGGUGGAAGAGCAAGGAGGGGUGUCGGAGAUGACCCUGAGGAGCGACAUCAAAUCCAAGCUGGUCUACAAUACUGCAGACUCUUCCGACGAAUUCUACCUGGCGCCAGUGGCGGUGGAUAGCCGGUCCAGGACCACGGCCCAGCUCAGGCUCGGGGCCGGGGCUGACCUCGAGAAGAAGUUCCUGCAGGAGGCGGAACAGGCAGGCUUCAAGAGCCUGAAGGGACACCGGUCUGUGGGUGGUAUCCGCGUGGCGCUCUACAACGCGCUUACCGUUCCACAAAUCGAGCGCCUGGUGGCGUUCAUGGGCGCCUUCGCCGCCGACAACCGGCAAUAGUCGAGGGGACACCCCGCAGCGCCCGGUGCCGCUGUAAGCGACACACAAGCGGACGCAAGGCGCUGGGCCAGAUUCCUGUCAUCAGCAAGACAACCAAAAGGUUUGCGGUUUAAUGGUUAUACAUGCGUGCUGUAUUUCAAUAUGCCCGCCACAUUUAAGCUGGCUGCGCCCUCACGGAGGGCAGAUGCCUAUGUAUUCACUCCGAGGCCUGGUGUCUACUGUUUUUGGGGCAAUUCUCUAUUGUUUACGUGACAUGUGCCAUUGCUGAAUAAAGGACAGCUAUGGCAAAAUUUUCACAUUUCUGGGUGUGUGCUACCAGCCGCGUGGUUCACACUUGGCAGAGUGAAGACAUUUCCAGCUGCCGCGGCC